AUGUCAACAACAACAAAAAAUUGGAUUCGAGCAGCUUCGGUUAUUCUUUUAAAUAUUAAACAAAAUAAAAUGUUAAUAUUACAGAGAGGUUCUACAGCCAAAUUUAUGCCAAAUUCUUUUGUUUUCCCUGGUGGAGUUGUUGACCCUUUAGAUUUUAAAUUUCCAAUUGAAAAAACAAAUUUUGAUAAAUUAAUAAAUAAUGAAAAUUCAAAAAUUAAUUUGGGAUUAGAAAAUGAUUUUUAUUUGCGUAUUUGUGCAAUUAGAGAAAUGUUUGAGGAAAGCGGAAUUUUAGCAAUAACUGAUAAAGAAGGAAAUAAAUCAGAAUUAUUGUCUGCAGCAAAAGAUGAAAAUUUGUCUGAAUGGAGAAAAAAAAUAUUAUCUAAUCCAAAUUUAUUUCAUGAAAUUUUUUCUGUUAAUAUGAAAAUAGAUGUUGCUUCAUUAAUUCCCUGGUCUAAUUGGCUUACACCUUUUGGUGAAUAUUCCAAAAGGUUUUUUUGUUUAUUUUUAAUUUAA